AUGCUUAGGGAUGCUUGGUCGAACGACGGUGGGAAAGGCUGGUGCCGAUGGUGGUCUAGGCUGGGCGGAUUGCUGGCGAUGGCGACGGCCAUUUCCUGUCUUGUUGCCCCGUUUCCGGGUGCCUCGGCCAAUCCGGAAGCGAAGCGUCUCUACGACGACCUGCUGUCGAACUACAACCGCCUCAUCCGCCCUGUUGGCAACAACAGCGAUCGCCUUACUGUCAAAAUGGGACUACGCCUCUCCCAGCUCAUCGACGUUAACCUGAAGAACCAGAUCAUGACGACGAACGUUUGGGUGGAACAAGAGUGGAACGAUUACAAGCUGAAGUGGAAUCCGGACGACUAUGGCGGUGUCGACACCCUCCACGUGCCAUCGGAGCAUAUAUGGUUGCCAGACAUUGUUUUGUACAACAACGCCGAUGGCAACUACGAGGUGACCAUUAUGACAAAGGCGAUUUUGCACCAUACGGGGAAGGUCGUGUGGAAACCGCCGGCGAUCUAUAAAUCAUUCUGCGAGAUCAACGUGGAGUACUUUCCCUUUGACGAGCAGACUUGCUUCAUGAAGUUUGGUUCGUGGACAUACGACGGGUACACGGUCGACUUACGGCACCUGCUCCAGACCGAGGAGUCGAACCGUAUCGAAGUCGGCAUCGACCUGACCGACUACUACAUUUCCGUCGAGUGGGACAUCAUAAAAGUGCCUGCCGUGAGGAACGAGGCGUUCUACAUAUGCUGCGAGGAGCCCUACCCGGAUAUCGUGUUCAAUAUCACUUUACGCCGCAAAACCCUCUUCUACACGGUGAACCUGAUCAUACCGUGCGUGGGUAUAUCUAUCCUCUCGGUGCUUGUGUUCUAUCUGCCGAGCGACAGCGGCGAGAAAGUCUCAUUGUCGAUCUCGAUCCUGCUGUCGUUGACCGUGUUCUUUCUACUGCUGGCCGAGAUCAUACCGCCCACGUCGUUGACGGUGCCGUUGCUCGGCAAGUAUCUGUUGUUCACGAUGGUACUGGUGACGCUAUCCGUGGUGGUGACGAUCGCUGUGCUGAACGUGAACUUUCGCUCGCCCGUCACCCAUCGUAUGGCCAACUGGGUGCGGGUCGUGUUCAUUCAAGUGUUGCCGCGAUUCCUUUUCAUCGAAAGACCGAGCAAGGACGACGACGACAACGACGACGACGACGCGGACGACGAGGAUGGGAGGAACGGCGGGAUCGGUGUGAUCCGCGUGAAUGCGAACGGCGAGCCAAUCGACGACGACGACGACGAGGACGACGACGAGGACGAGGACGACGAGGACGACGACGUCGAGGCGGCGAACGGUAAACCGACCGAGGGCAUGCUCACCGAUGUGUUCCAUGUACAAGAGACUGACAAGUACGACGCGUACUACGGGAAAAGGUUCAGCGGGGAUUACGAGAUACCCGGCCACGGGCUGCCCCCAUCGGCGACCAGGUACGAUCUCGGAGCCGUGGCCAACGUGGGACCGGUCGCCCCCUGUUUCGACGAGCCCCUGCCCGCGCUUCCACUGCCCGGGGCUGACGACGACCUCUUCGGACCGGCCAGCCCCGCUUACGUUCACGAGGACGUCAGUCCGACAUUCGAGAAGCCGUUGGUCUGCGAGAUCGAGAAGACCGUCGACGACGCCAGGUUCAUCGCUCAGCACGCCAAGAACAAGGACAAAUUCGAGAGCGUGGAGGAGGACUGGAAGUACGUCGCGAUGGUACUCGACCGGAUUUUCCUAUGGAUAUUCACGGUGGCUUGCGUGGUCGGGACGGUGUUGAUUAUCCUUCAGGCGCCGAGUCUCUACGACACGACGAAACCGAUCGACAUCAAGUACAGUAAAAUCGCGAAGAAGAAGAUGAUGCUGAUGAACAUGGGUCCCGAGGAGGACUAG